UUAUAACUUAAAUCACUUCAAAGUUCUCGUCUUAGAUAAUUAAUGUUCUUGUGUAUUUUUAUAUGAAUAUUCAGUUUUAUGUUAAAUUCUAUAAAUAGUCAAAAGACGGGAAUAAAAUAAACAUAUAUUAAAAAUAACAUAAACAUCAGCUAACUGAAUAAAAAUGUGGACGAAAUCGGAGAUAAUAUUUUCACUACAAAUGUUAUUAUUGUUAAAUACUGAAGUUAUAUCACAGAGGAAACUUGGGAAAUUUCAAGAAGUAUUUGCAUGGAAACAACUUACGUACAACAUUGGCGGGAACUUGGUACUGCAAGAUAGAUUCGCCGACGAUGUGUCGGACGCUAGAAGCAAAAGGGAGUCAGAUAUUGUCUUCUUUGAUAAUGAAGAGGAUACCAGGGAAUGGAACCAAGGUCCUCCUGAACCUCCGCCGGAAAAUACCAAAGGCACCCCAACGAUUAAACCAGUUGAUGAAGAAGGUAGAUUUUUCGUGCAGUACAACAAUGUACCGAUGGGUGUAGAACGAGUUGGUGAAAGAUUGUUUGUAACCGUACCACGGAGGAGAUAUGGAAUACCAUCAACAUUGAACUAUAUAGACCUUACUAAGGACCUGAACACUAGAUCCCCAGGUCUUAGACCGUAUCCUAGUAUACGAAGGUCUAGAGAUCUGACAUCUGUGUAUAGAACUAGAGCUGAUGAGUGUGGAAGACUAUGGAUGGUGGAUACCGGUUUACUCGAAAUACCAGGCUCGCCUCAACAAGUUCAACAACCAGCGAUUGUAAUAUACGAUUUAAGUACAGACCAACAGAUAUUGAGAUAUCCAUUCAAGAGUUCUGAUAUUCCAGCCGCUAAUACACCUACAGGGCUAGCGUCUAUAACCAUAGACAUAACAGGCGAUUGCAGCGACGCCUAUGCAUAUGUCCCGGAUCUAACGACUUUCGGUUUAAUUGUUUACUCUUUGAAAAAUAACGACAGUUGGCGUCUCACUCACAAUUAUUUCUAUCUCUCACCAACAGCUGGGAAUUUUAGGAUCGCUGGUCAAAGGUUUCAAUGGAGUGAUGGAAUAUUCAGCGUGACAUUAACACAGCCUGGUAAAAAUGGCUGCAGAACUGCGUAUUUCCAUCCGUUGUCAAGUUUUGAAGAGUUCUCCGUAUCUACUUGUGUGUUGAAGAAUUCAACUGCAAGUUCUGAUGAUAAUUUCUGGUCUGCGUUUUCUGAAGUGGGAGUCCGCGGCGAAGACAGCCAGUGUACUAUGCACGGUUACCAUGGCAACACUGGAGUGGUGUUCUUCGCUGAAGUCGGCAGGGACGCGGUGUCUUGCUGGCAUUCCGCUCGUCAACUGACUCCUACUAAUGUUGUAAUAUUAGCCCAACAUCCGCAGAGAAUGAGCUAUCCUUCCGAUCUCCAUGUUACGAACGAUGAAGUUUGGGUUAUGGCGAAUACAUUACCAAGAUUCGGUUAUUCAACACUGGAUACGAAUGAAUACAAUUUCUACAUAUACAGAGGUCAAGUGAAAGAUUUGAUAAGAGGCACGGCGUGCGACAAUCAAAUGUAAAUUAAAUGAAUAAAUUAACGAG